AUGGCGAGGGGGAUGGCGCUCUGGCCAUGUUGGUUUUCCAACAAACAGCGCACAGUGUUGGAAAGCGAGCGUUGUAUGCACAAGAUGUCAACGAAGCACAUAACAAUCGAAUGCACACCGCAGCGCAUCACUUUUGAUCACGAUAACGGUGUCAACCAUAACGCCGGAUCGUUCGAUGUUGCCAUACAAGAUCGUCCGUUCCUUUGCAAAUUUAGCGGGGAAUCGGAGUGA